AUGACCAAGUGCGACUUGCUACAGUUAAACGAUAGAUCAAUUCUCCACGAAGCCUCGCUGCUAGAUGGGGAAUGGGUGCAAGCCCAGGCAGGCAAAACAUUCGAUGUGGAAGGCAAGACCGAACAAAGUCGGAAAAAUCCCGGCUCCGGUCAGGUCUUUGCAAACUGCCCUACAAAUGAAGUUGCCGACGUAGACCGAUACGUCACAUCCUCCCAAAAAGCCUUCGAAUCCUACCGAAAAGAGAAUCCACGCACACGAGCCAAGAUCCUCCUUAAAUGGCACGAACUCAUCAAUGCACGCGAAGACAUCGCGAAGAUCAUGGUCUAUGAGACCGGAAAGCCCAUGACAGAAGCCCUUGGCGAAGUAGACUACGCCCUGGGCUUUGCAUGGUGGUUCGCAGGCGAAGCCGAGCGCAUUCGAGGUUCAGUUGCACAGCCUUCGAUCUCGAGUCGGCGCACGUUCGUCAUCAAGCAGCCCAUUGGAGUGAGCGUCGCUCUGGUGCCGUGGAAUUUCCCAGUGGCCAUGAUCAUUCGCAAAGUGGCUGCUGCUUUGGCUGCGGGGUGCUCGAAGAUAGUGAAGCCUUCGCCGGAGACACCACUCAGUGUCAAUGCCCUCGCGGACCUAGCUAUGCGCGCUCGGCUUCCCGCCGGAGUAUUGAAUGUCAUCUCCACCGAUAACGAGAAUACACCCGCUGUCAGUGAACGGCUGUGCAAGCACCCCUUGGUCCGGAAGGUGACUUUUACUGGAAGUACCAGGGUGGGCAGUAUCGUCGCAAAGCACUGCAGUGAAGGAUUGAAGAAAGUCACGAUGGAACUAGGUGGCAACUGCCCUUUCAUCGUUUUCGAUGACGGAGAUCUCGAGCAGGCUCUGGAUGCAUUGAUGAUUCUCAAAUGGCGUACAGCAGGCCAGGCGUGCACACAUGCCAACCGGAUGAUUACCGAGUCCACGAGUCAGAAGAUCCGUGUCGGCCACGGAACUGAUCCUCUAAUCACCAUGGGCCCUCUGACGACUAGCAGUGGUAUUGAGAAGCUAGAGCGCCAUGUGGAAGACGCUGGAUACUUCUUCGAACCGACUAUUAUCUCCGGCAUGACCUCGGAGAUGUUGACUACUCGUGAGGAGAUCUUCGGUCCCUUGCUGGGGCUCUAUAAGUUUGAGAUCGAGGAAGAGGCUGUGAAGAUGGCCAAUGACACUUCCAUGGGCUUGGCCUCAUACUUCUUCACAAAGAACGUCGACCGGACUUGGAGGUUGCUCGAGGAUCUCGAGGCGGGCAUGAUUGGCAUGAACACCGGCAACUCUUCUUGUGCCGAAUCUCCGUUUGGUGGUAUUAAGCAGUCUGGCUAUGGCAAAGAAGCUGGCAAGGACGUCGCGAUCGAGGAGUACUUGAUUUCCAAAACGGGAACUUUGACUGUCGAGGCUUAG